GGCGAACAGUUGCUUCGCGCUGUAGCUUGUAGCUUGUGUGGUGGCCAAAUAAAUACUAUCAGCUGAUCGAUCCAUGGUCUCUGCGACGACCGACUCAAAACACGACGCGUUUGCCACCUAGCAGCUAUAUAUCUUCCUUUCCUUUGCUACCUCGAUCGUUCUCGAUAUCUAGUAUCGAUCGAUCUGACUCUGCAUGCAUCCCACUCAUAUACAUACCGAUCAUCGAUCGAGCAAUCGAACUCUCUGCUCUCUCAUGCUCAUAUGCUAUCAUGCAUGCAUGUGAGAGAGAGAAAAAGAGAGAGAUUCAGAGAUCAAUCGAGCUGGUAGUAGCCGGCCAGUAGCACUGUGAGUGCGUGCACUACUAGUGCUCCUGCAGGCAAGGCUGGACGGGAGUGGGAGUGUGUGUACCAGUACUAGCUACUAGUGAAUACUGAAUAGGCAGCAGCAACAGCAGCAGCAGCUAAUUAAGCAUCAGACAGAAACUAGAAAGAGCGAGCACGCCACUAUGGAUAUGAUGGAGGAGGAGGCUGCCAACGCCGCCACUGCUCAAGCUGCUGCUGCUGGCGACCUCGCCGACGUCGUGGCCCGUGCCAAUGCACGCGCAUUCCUCGUCUCCACCCCUCACCAUCACCCCUCACCUCUGCAUCCUCUUCCUCCUCCUCCCAUGCCUCAGGCGCCUCACCAAUACUAUCCCGCCCCCCAGAUCACCAUCCCUUACCACCACCACCACCACGGAGAGCUUCGGCGCCCUACCACCAUCGCUUACACCGACGCACCUGUGCCGUUCGAGACGGCGGGGCCGCCAUCCACGGUCGUCGACUCAUACCACCACCUCACACCCGGCGACGCCGGCUACGGGAUGCCGCGGCCGCUUGCUCUCCAGAUCUCCCAGCACGCCCUCUGUGGCGGCGGCGACGUGGUGAUGGGCGGCGGAGGCGCAGGCGCUGCCGAUGAUGGAGAAGAAGCCAUCAGGAUCUCGCCACUGACGCCGUCUGCUCAUCAUCAAAUGAUGAAAAGGAAGAAUGAGGUGAAGAAAGUGGUGUGCAUCCCGGCGCCGCCAGCGACGAGUAGCCGUGGAGGUGGAGGAGAGGUGAUCCCGUCUGAUCUAUGGGCAUGGAGGAAGUACGGCCAGAAACCCAUCAAAGGCUCUCCUUAUCCACGGGGUUACUACAGAUGCAGCAGCUCAAAGGGAUGUAUGGCGAGGAAGCAGGUGGAGCGCAGCCGCAGCGACCCCAACAUGCUGGUGAUCACCUACGCGGCGGAGCACAACCACCCAUGGCCGAUGCAACGUAAUGUGCUCGCCGGAUAUGCCCGUUCUCAUCACAGUACUCAUGCUACUGCCUCCAGCAGCCGCCACAAGCAACAGCAGCAGCAGCAGACCAACCAGCUGCAGCCUGCACUGAUCACAAGCUCAUCGUCUUCUUCCUCCUCCCCAUUCAAUCUCUACGCCGACGUCGUGCUCGGUGGCCAACAGGCCAACAUGAUGAUGACGACGGAGGGCGCCGGCGCUGGACUUGGCAUCCAACCUUCAGCAGCUGAUGAGGUCUUUGCAGAGCUGGAGGAGUUGGAGCCUGAUAAUCCUACUAUGAUCAAUGCAAACAUGCAGGUGUACUCCACCACCAGCAGGCCAGGGGUAAGCAGCUAUGAUCAUCAGUGGCACAAGUUCUAAUAAUUAAACCAUGCAGUACCUAUAUAUAUAUAUAUCAGAACUUCAAUAUUCGAGAGAGGAGAUCAGAGGAAAUUGAAUUCUAGCACGUACAAUUAAUACAUCAUGACUAUGCAAAAUUUACAUAUAUAUGAUAUGAUGGUCGCCUGUGCGAUUAUUAGUGACCAAAUUAAAGAUUGUCAGAGAUAUAGGCGUGUACUUACGCUUAUAUGUAUCACGCUGAGGUAUACUGUAUUUACAAGAAGAUAAAUAAAAUAUCCAUAUCCCUCUA